GUCGAGCACACCAUUCACCUCCUUGCCACACCAACUGUCUCACCUUCAUUCGUACUCCGCUCGCCCUCGCUGAUCCACCAGUCUCUAUAGUCUGGCCCAGCUCUGCAAAGUCAGCGACGAGUUCUCUUUCUUUCGUCUUCCCACGUCCUCAGCAACGCGGAUCGAGCCCCUUCACGCCAGGACAGAAAGCGGAGCUUCGAACGUCUGGCACAUAGACACAUGCCACCCCAUCAAGAGUACGACCCCGAGUCGGACAGCGAUAGCGAUGCCGGCUCAGUAGAGAGCAGCACUGAUGUGCUUCUAGGGUUGUCCGAUGGACCAGUCGAGGGCGAUGACGGCAGCAACCCCCUGGUUAGCAGGAUAGGCGGCUCGCCGGCCUGGCUUCCUGCUCGUGCCAGACCACCUGUCAGCGUGGCCACAUGCGAAUUAUGCUCUCGAGCGAUGGAGCUGCUAGUGCAGAUAUUCGCACCACUCGAUGGCUCAGCAUACGACCGGGUUCUCUAUGUCUGGGGAUGUGCACGAGGCGCUUGCCAACGCCAACCAAAGCCAAGCGUUCGCGCAGUGCGCUUGUUGCAGUUCAACGCGCGAUGGGCGGCCAAGCUGGCCAAAAGACAAGCGAGGGAAGAAGCAGCUGCAGAACGGCGGAAGGCUCGGGAGGCGGCGAAGAAAGCGCGGGCUGAACAGGACGAGAAAGCCAGGCAGACCAACCCUUUCUCAGCAGCAGCUUCAUUGAGCGGCACAAAUGCACCAGGUGGCCUCGGCGACGCGCUUUUUGGCGCCCCUGCCACAGCAAAGCCAGCGGUCUUAAAGAGCGAUGCUACAGCCCCUGCAGACGAUGUCGGUGCUGAGAGUGCAGACGAAACUUUCGAUUCAGAUUCGGAAGACGAUGAAGGCUCACGCCUUGCGGAAGAACUUGCCGUCAAAGCCUCGCUCGAUGAACUUCCUAGAGAGAACGACUGGGCCAGUACAUCGUCACAUUACAAUCCGCCACUCUACCUCAACACCAUUCCCGAACCAUCGGCGUCAGCUCGGAGCGCUGCACUGUUGAAAAUGACUCCUGGUGCCAAGGCUGCACUGGAAAGUGGGAAAGAGACUGUCCCAAACGGUGACGACAAGGAAAUCCAAGAGUGGGAGGGAGAGACGUAUUCUCGAAUGGAGGUAAACGGCGUCGACGAAGCUUUCGAGCGUUUCGUGGCCCGCGUCAGUCCAGAAGGCAGGCAGGUGGUGCGAUACGAGAAAGGAGGCAUUCCGAUUCCCUUUGCGGCUGCUGGGUCCGCGUACGACAAGUUGUGGCCCCGAGCGAAGUCGAAGAUCGGCGCGGAUAGGAGCGUCGCUGCAGCUGCGAGACCUUUCAACCCUUCUUCUGUACCUCCGUGUGAAGCCUGCGGCGGUGCGCGCGAUUUUGAGCUGCAGCUGAUGCCGAAUCUCAUCAAUCUCCUGCGGCCUGAAAAUGUGGUCGACAGCGCAUCAGCAACUAGCGACGGUGAGGCGAAGGCCGCGCAGAAGCUGACAGUCGACCAAGCGCGAAGAAGAGAUAUCGAACAAGCGCUGGGUCGCAAGUUGCAACUCCCACCAGAUGCAGAUGGAAUCACCAGGACGGCGCCUCAACUCUCUGAUGCGGAGCUGGAAGCGGAGAAGCUGGCCAUGCAGGCUAGAACUGGUCUGGGUUUCGCUACCGCAUUCAUCUUUACCUGUCAGAAAGACUGCUGUCUGCCGAGAUCUGAUGAGGCUGCCGCACAAGAAGAGACUUGGCGGGAAGAAUGGGUAGCCAUGCAGUGGGAGCAAUGAAUGUCUG